AUGGCCCAGCUGCUGGGGCCUUUGCUGUACCGGGCACUGCUGGGCUUGGUCUGCCUGACUGCCCCGGGACCAGCCGUGGAGGUGCAUGUGCCCGCUGAGCCCCUGAGCACACCUGUGGGCAAGACCGCUGAGCUGACCUGCAGUUACAGCACGUCGGUGACAGACAACUUUGCCCUGGAGUGGAGCUUUGUGCAGCCUGGAGAGCCCAUCUCUGCUGCUCAUCCAAUCCUGUACUUUACCAAUGGACAUCUGUAUCCAACUGGUUCUAAGGCAAAGAGAGCCAGCCUUCUUCAGAACCCCCCCACAGGAGGAGUGGCCACCCUGAAACUGAGUAAUGUUCACCUCUUGGAUACUGGAACCUACCUCUGCCAUGUUAACAACCCACCAGAUUUCUACACCAACGGGUUGGGACUAAUCAACCUUACUGUGCUGGUGCCCCCCAGUAGCCCCUUGUGCAGUCAGACUGGCCGAAUCUCUGUGGGAGGCUCUGCUGCGCUGAGGUGCAGCUCUUCUGAGGGAGCUCCCAAGCCAGUGUACAACUGGGUCCGCCUUGGAUCUUCUCCGACACCUUCUCCUGGCAGCAUGGUGCAAGAUGAGGUGUCUGGCCAGCUCAUCCUCACCAAUCUCUCCCUGGCUUCCUCGGGCACCUACCGCUGUGUGGCCACCAACCAGAUGGGCAGUGCAUCCUGUGAAAUGACCCUCUCUGUGACUGAACCUUCCAAAGGCCGAGUGGCUGGGGCUGUGAUCGGGGUGCUCCUGGGCGUGCUGUUCCUGUCCAUCAUUGCAUUAUGCUUCAUAAAGUUCCAGAAAGAGAGGAGGACGAAGCCUAAGGAGACAUACUGGGGUAGUGACCUUCGGUGAGCAGGAGGGUGAGGGUUGGUGCGGAGAGGGAGGAAAGGGUUUGGGGUAAGGCUAAGUGAUGUCAGUCCUCAAACUCUGACAUCUUUGGGGUGCUUGGGUGGUAAGGAAUGUCGCUCAGCCCUGGGAUUUGGUGGUGGUGGUGGGGGGGCAGCACUAUAGCCUGUGCUUUUGAGUGUGUGAGCAGUGCACAGGAAGAGUGGGCUCAAAGUUGCCCUCACCUUCCUCAUACUUAAAAGAAUUUUCACUUUUCAGUUUUUAAGGCUUUUUCAUAUACGUCAACAGGAUGUGGAUGCCAGGAGUUGGAUUUGCCCUGGGCACUCAGCUAAGUUUAGUUCUUCUGUGUGGGGCAGCAAGGAGAAGCAAAAGCUGCCUUUGUCAUCCACUUCAGCUAUCAGUCGUAGGGUCCAGAAUAGGGGCCAGAGCAGAAUUUCUCCAAGUGUGGUCCUCCAGUGAACUGGGCAGAAAUCACUGAGAGGGAGCUUGUUAACAUUCAGAUUCAGGCAACUUCCUACCCAUCCUGAAGUAGAAUCUGUAUGUGUUGGGGGGUGAUGGGACCUGGAAUCUUCAUUUUAACCAAAGUUCCACAGAUGAUUCCCAGGCACGGAAAAGUGUAAAAGUUCCCAGGUUAGAGGGAUGUCCUCUGAGGGAUGCCUCCAGCCUCCACUAAGAAUGUGUUUACAUCUAUUAGAGAAGAUGCCAUCGCUCCCGGGAUUUCUGAGCAGACUUCUGUGAGGGCUGAUUCCAGCAACGGGCUCCUGGAGAGGCCCCCCUCUGCCAGCACUGUGACUACCACCAAGUCCAAC